AUGGCAGCCUCGCCGUCCUCUGCGCGUUCAGCCGUGGUCCCGGUGGCGUCGCCGGUUCCUUCUCUCGGGCGAGCGCCCCGGAGUCCUCCCGGCAGCCCCGGCCAGCGUUCGCCGAUCGGGUCGCCGAACUAUGGCCGAACGCAGGCGGCCCCGCCCACUCGCAAAAGCGGGCAGACACCGGAACUGCAAACCAACGCCAAGGGCCGCAUGACGCUGUUCUCUUCGCUGAUGGCCGGAUGGAUGGGCUCAGUGAGCAUGGGCGCCUCCAUGGGCUACUCGCUGCCAGCUGUCCAAAGCCUCAGGCUCGACUCGCUGCUUCCACUGGCGGCUGUGUUCGGUUCAAUGUGGGGUUGCUGCCUGGCCUUCUGGCUGGGCCGUCGGUGGGCGAUGACGAUCGGUGGCCUGGGCUCACUGUGUGCAUGGCUAUCCCUCGGUUGGACCUCCAACGACUCUUGGAACCUCUACACGGCAAGGUUCCUGGUGGGUGCCACCACCGGUGUCGUCUCGCUCGUCGCGCCUGCGUACGCCGCCGAAAUCGCGCCGCCCAACGACAGGGGCAAGCAGUGUGGGACGGUACACACUGGAAUAGCCGCGGGCGUGCUCUACGCGUACUUGGUGGGACGGUUCACAGACUGGCCGCUGCUGGCCCUGUGGUGCGCGAUCCCGUCGGCCUUGGCUGCGCUACUCGCGGUCUGGGCAGUCGAGUCUCCGCGCUGGCUAAUGGAACAGGGCAAGCACGACGAGGCCCAGGCGGCGUUGAGGCGACUACGCUUCGCCAUCUCGCAGGCCGAUGGUGAGCUGCAGUCCAUCGAAGUCAUCUAUGUCAAGUCACCGACGCCCGUCCGCCACUACAUGCUGGCAGUGAUGAUGAUAGUGCUGCAGCAGUUCUCUGGCGUCAACAUGAUCAUGCACUAUGCCACCGGGCCCCUGCGCACCAGCUCCACAUCGACAUCACCCGACUUCUACAUCAUACUCGCCAGUGUGCAGCUGGUGACUACGCUACUGGCCUCUCAGCUACUGGACAUGGUCGGCCGCGUGAAGCCGUUGGCGGUUUCGGUGACUGUGUGCUCGUGCAGCAUGGUGGCUCUGGGAAGCAUCAUCUUCGCUUUCUCAACCCCUGACGGGAGCCUGGACGGCGCCCUGGAACAGGACAUCACCAGUGCAUGCAAAGUCGUCUUCGCCAUCGGUUACUCCAUUGGCCUUGGUCCCGCCACCUGGGUGCUAGCCAUCGAGCUAGUUCCGCUUCGAGGCAGCGGCUUCGACUUUGGCAGCGUCUGUGUCUUCCACUGGGCCUCGGCGCUCACCGUCAUCAGCCUCGUGUCGGCAUUUGGCCUCUCCGCCACCUGGCUGGCGGUUCUAGCGUGCCUAUCAGGUGGUGCCACGUUCGCCGGCGGCGUCGCGGCGUUCUUCAUCCUUCCGGACACCAGCAGCGUGUCCCUCGAGGCGAUAUUGCUCGAAGGCCGGAAAGACAGACCCAAGAAACCUCCGCCAGCCGUCGAGUUUAGCGGUUCCUCAGCCACACAAGUGCAAAAGGAGCAGAAGGAACACGAGCAGAAUCAGCGCGAAGCUGCUGCCUUCGGACAUGCCUCCCCACAGCCGAAGCCGACGGUUCCGACAGGAAGACAAACGCUGCGCGCGCUGUCGAACACGGGACACAGUCGCUCCAGCGCUCACAAAUUGCGCAACGAUGAAAACGGGGAAGAAGAGCCUAGGAAAAGCGCGUGGUUGCUCAAAAACGAAGGCGGCGUAACUAUGACGCUUGAUAAAGCGAUGGGCGCCACCGCCCCGAGCAAGCUAGGGCGAACUCUAUUGCCAGAGGAGCAGCUGCAGUGGGAAAGGUAGAAAGGACUGUCUUACGUAAGCGCGCAUGGAGCCGUAGCCCGAUGCGUUGUUUUAGAUUGUUUAUAACUACUUUGCGUCACUUCUCUCAACGAAGUAUGUUGAGAUGUCAAUUGCUUAUUCAUUGUAAAAUUUUUUGUAAACGUUCAACGAUAAGUUGGCUUUCGCGAUUGACGGCACUCGUCUUUCCUGCUGUCAUUUAUUUGCUACGUAACAAAAAAGAUU